AUGGACCACUGCCCUGACUGUGUUGUACCCAAACCGACGUCUGUUACUUGUACCAUUCAUGUUGCUUCAACAGGACCACCUCCGUUACAAGACGUUCCUCCAUUAUAUUCUACUGUAACAUUUCAGAAUCAAAAGCCAUCAGUUGUUUCUAGCCAUGAUCGUGCCGUUAUUGUAUCAUCCAAACAAACAAGUUUUCCCGGUUUCGUUUCUUUUCCCAUUGUUUCUACAAAAUCAGGACCAUCAGUUUCUAAACAUGUUUCCACUACUGCUUCUGGGCCAUUCGUCGCUCUACCGUCAUGUUCUACUGUUACUUCUGGCAAUGGUACAAGGCAAUCAGUUCUUUCUUCUAUUGAUAAUGCUUCAAAUAUCGCUGCACGUUCUAAUGAUGAAGGCAUCUCACGUGUUUCAAACAGAAGACCAAGAGGCACAAGAGCAGGUAUACAGCGGCAACAAGAGCGCUUCAUGCGUUUCCUCUACAGAUUAUCGUCUGCUCACUAUAAUUGGGGACGUACAACUCGUCGAAAUACAAAUCAACAACAUCCUCCAAAUAGAUAUGAAUGAGACGUCACAUUAUGUAUUGAAAAAAUUUAUUUU